AUGAACAAUGAUUAAAGUAUUUGGAAAUAUAGACCAUCUGCUUUGUAUAGAGAAAAACAAUAUAGUAUUUUUAGAUAAGUUGGACAUCAAUCUCUUAAAUAAUUAUAACCAUAAGAAAUAUAAAAUAAAAAGAAAAGGCAUAAUUUCAGUUUAUAAAACUCUUUUGAAAAACUGCCAGAAUUAGAGAAGACUAGAUAAAAAUUUAAAUAUGAACUUCCUAAAUUGGAGUAUCCAUAACCUUUAAAAUUAAUGACAGUUGAAGAAUAUAGAGUAAUUUUAGAGAAAAGAAUCAAAGAAGAAGAGUAAAAAAAAAAAUCAAAAUGGGAAUUACCUAAAAUAGAAGUUUAUGUUAAACCCAGCAAAUAUUCAAUUAAAUCAUUAGUUGAUAAUGAGAAACUUAGAAUAAAAAUGGAAUAAUUCUUAUUAGAUUGAA